AUGUUAUUGAAGCUGAGGAGAACGAGUAAAAACCUCUCCACUCUCUCCCCUCCACUCUCACCUCUCCACUCUCUCCUCUCCACUCUCACCCCUCCACUCUCUCCCCUCCACUCUCUCCCCUCCACUCUCUCCCCUCCACUCUCACCUCUCCACUCUCUCCUCUCCACUCUCACCUCUCCACUCUCACCCCUCCACUCUCUCCCCUCCACUCUCACCCCUCCACUCUCUCCCCUCCACUCUCUCCCCUCCACUCUCACCCCUCCACUCUCUCCUCUCCACUCUCACCUCUCCACUCUCUCCUCUCCACUCUCUCCCCUCCACUCUCACCCCUCCACUCUCUCCCCUCCACUCUCUCCUCUCCACUCUCACCUCUCCACUCUCACCCCUCCACUCUCUCCCCUCCACUCUCACCCCUCCACUCUCUCCUCUCCACUCUCACCUCUCCACUCUCUCCUCUCCACUCUCUCCCCUCCACUCUCUCCUCUCCACUCUCACCUCUCCACUCUCCCCUCUCCACUCUCUCUCCCCUCCACUCUCACCCCUCCACUCUCUCCUCUCCACUCACACCCCUCCACUCUCACCCCUCCACUCUCUCCCCUCCACUCUCACCCCUCCACUCUCACCCCUCCACUCUCCCCUCCACUCUCCCCUCCACUCUCACCCCUCCACUCUCCCCUCCACUCUCCCCUCUCCACUCUCUCCCCUCUCCACUCUCACCCCUCCACUCUCACCCCUCCACUCUCUCCCCUCCACUCUCUCCCCUCCACUCUCCCCUCCACUCUCACCCCUCCACUCUCCACUCUCUCCCCUCUCCACUCUCCCCUCUCCACUCUCUCCCCUCCCCACUCUCUCCCCUCCACUCUCUCCCCUCCACUCUCCCCUCCACUCUCACCCCUCCACUCUCUCCCCUCCACUCUCCCCUCUCCACUCUCUCCCCUCUCCACUCUCCCCUCUCCACUCUCUCCCCUCCCCACUCUCUCCCCUCCACUCUCUCCCCUCCACUCUCCCCUCCACUCUCCCCUCUCCACUCUCUCCCCUCCCCACUCUCUCCCCUCCACUCUCUCCCCUCCACUCUCCCCUCCACUCUCUCCCCUCCACUCUCCCCUCCACUCUCCCCUCCACUCUCUCCCCUCCACUCUCCCCUCCACUCUCUCCCCUCCACUCUCUCCCCUCCACUCUCCCCUCUCCACUCUCUCCCCUCCACUCUCUACCCUCCACUCUCACCCCUCCACUCUCCCCUCCACUCUCACCCCUCCACUCUCACCCCUCCACUCUCACCCCUCCACUCUCCCCUCCACUCUCUGCACUCCACUCUCUGCACUCCACUCUCACCCCUCCACUCUCACCCCUCCACUCUCUCCUCUCCACUCUCACCCCUCCACUCUCUCCCCUCCACUCUCCCCUCUCCACUCUCCCCUCCACUCUCUCCUCUCCACUCUCCCCUCCACACUCUCCCCUCCACUCUCUCCCCUCCACUCUCACCCCUCCACUCUCUCCCCUCCACUCACCCCUCCACUCUCACCCCUCCACUCUCCCCUCUCCACUCUCUCCCCUCCACUCUCUCCCCUCCACUCUCUCCUCCACUCUCCCCUCCACUCUCCCCUCCACUCUCUCCCCUCCACUCUCCCCUCUCCUAUAUUAUUGUUUUGCCUCUAA